AUGUCACCUUUGUUAAUACCCACCAAAACCAAGCGCUUAGCUAACCUCCAAGCCCUCACAACCCAUUUUCCAAACCUUCAUUUCGAGUCCAUCUCCGAUGGCCUUCCCGACGAUCACCCUCGAACCCUUUUUCAGGAUUUCUUCGAGGGGAUGAAGACCAAAACUAAGCCAAACUUCAAAGAGCUUAUUGUCUCCCUCAACAAAAAGUCCGAGAAUAAUUUGUGCCCACCAGUCACUUGUAUUAUUGGAGAUGGAGUUAUGUCUUUUCCCAUUGAAGUAGCGGAUGAGCUAGGGAUUCCUAUAUUUUCAUUCUAUGGUACUAGUGCUCGUUUCUUAUGGGCAUUUUUCAAUAUCCCCAAGCUCGUUGAAGAGGGGCAGAUUCCCUUUUCUGAUGACAACAUGAAUUAUGAAAUUCAUAGUGUUCCAGGACUCGAAGGCCCAUUAAGGCGCAAAGAUUUACCAGAAUUUUGCGCUUUGAAAGAAAUAGACCACAAUAUGAUUAAUUUCUUUGUUGGAGAAACUUUUGCCAUUACUAAAACUUCAGGUCUUAUACUCAACACCUUUGACGAAUUGGAAAUUGAUAGCGUCCAAAAUGUUGCUACCAAAGGUAGCAAGCUCUACACUGUUGCACCUAUCAAUGCUCUUUUGCAAUCUCAAAUUGGACCUCGAGCUCAGUCGAUUGCAUCACUCGUUCUCUCUGGGAUGUGGAACAAAAUUGCAUAA